GCCAAAGCCCCCUUUAGCGAAAAGCUAGACUCAACCCUAUCGGACUAAUUGUUUUUUUUUUCUCGACGUAAUGCGGUUUUUAAUAGUCUGCGAGCUCCCGUCGACGAUUCCCAGCAGCUAAAUCGCUUCCGUCAUUCAAAAUCAAAGCGUUUUCAUUGGCCAGCACUCAAAUGGUUUCCAAUCACGCCGCCUCAAUGACGGUUUGAAUGACGGAAUUCAGAAAGUGGUUUAGCAGUUAGAAAUUAUUGACAAGAGUUCGCAGAACAUUUAAAAUUGACGUCUACGUAGCAAAUAUAGACUUCCCUGAUUCAGUCACCGACUGUUUACUAUGCUAUACUAGGCCUGAUUUUCCCUAGUAAUAAUAUUGAAGAAACAGGUACAACAGGUUUAUCGACGAUUACUGGUGGAUAAUCUUGCCCAUGCUACACAAUGCUAUGUCGUACUUCUUGGAGUUGUACUUAUUCCAAAUUACUGUUUUUGAACGUGAGAGGGCGAAGGCUUUCACGAGAAUUGUCCGGAUUAUCGAGGUUGGGAGCUUACACGACCACGCAAAACCGACAAAAGGUUUUUCGACUUGGCUAGACUACCCGCCCCUCCCCCAUCACUUUCCUGAUUGUCCGUCCCUAAGAGCGACGACAAAAGGCGCAGAAAUAUGCCGGAUUAAAUAUUGUUCCUAACCAUGCUAUCCGCACACGCUCUUUGCCAUUGGUUUUCAUGAAUGACAGAAAUACACAACAAAGAACGAUACAAAAUAAUUAACAGCACAAAACAGUUCAUGUGAAUUCCUUAAGAAGAAAUGUGCAUUUCUUGCCCCCCUGUGCACCCGCCUGGUUGUAACCGAAAAGGCAUUAUACACUUUACAAAUCAAAAUUAAAAUUAUUAUUUUUAAUGAUCUUGUUUGUGUCAAUGAUUCACAUCUACUCGAUAAACGGUGUUGUUGCUGGCAUAACCAGCACCUGUUAACAAUUUUUUGGUCUUUAUGCUAAGUUAAGGUUAUUGGACAGGGUCUUCAAUACUGUCUCUUGUUAUCAUUUAGAGAUUUCAGACAAUUAAUCCCAAAUGUUUGACUAAGGAUCUGUAUAUUGCUUGUCCAUGUCGUGUCCUCUCACUAGUAUCGCAUAGUCGUGGGUCGUUGCUAAGCAAUUCAAGAAUUCACUUACUCUUGUCAAAACAUUGCUUGCAGCCGGUUCGUAAAGUGACUCUCUUUACCCUCUUUGGGUUAAUUUCGAUCAUUCGCUUAGCUUAAGUUAUUCUAAUGAAUUCUUUACGAUGUUUAUAAUUCGGUAUUUUCGUCGCUGCCAACCCAUGCGUUCAAGCUCAUUACGACUGUUCACCUCUUAUUGUGGGGUUUUACGGGUAUUGUGAAUCCUGGUUAUAAUUCAAUUACUUUGAUUCUCUGGCUUCCUAAUUAAGCUGGUUAGCUGGUUACUAAGUUCGUAAAUACGAGCAGUUUUUCAAGCAAUGGAAGGCUACAUUAACUGUGCUUUGGCGUGAUGAAUAGCAGAAGAAAUAAGGAGGACCCAAAAGCCUUGGCUUUGAAAGAAAAUUUACGAAGCCUCAAGACCAGCUUUUCUAAGAUAUGCGAUCUAUUUGAGAAGAUCGUCGACUUCAACCACAACCCGACGAGUGAAUCGGCAAAACGAAGGCUGGACUUGGAAAUCGAUCGAUUGAAAGCGUUAAAAGAACAAUGUGAGAGCGCAGAUCCGGCUCAGGUGAAGCAGUUAUCUUCAGAGGAUGUUCCAGAGUAUGAUAAGUACUAUAUCCUGCACGUCAACAGCAUCUUGUCCGAUAUCAAGUCCAUCCGGACAGAUCUUGUCGGACACAUUCAGGAAAAGACAGAGGCUGAGGAAAAUAUCGCUAAGGAGAACUUCAAACUUAGACUUGAUCUUCAGAGGGAGCAAGCGGAGUCCAUGCAUCAACGUCAAAAUCAUGAUUACGCUGUGACAGAGAAGAACACAGUAUUGGCGACUUGUCGUAAAUUGGAGGAGCAGCUUGAUGAGAGAUCCCGACAGAUACAGCAGUUACAGAGAGAAGGAACUGUUAGUCUGUGGCAGAGGGAAAAAGCAAAGGUUGUCCAAGACAUCAAGUCCAACGAAGAGCAGCUUGGAAAAGAACUCAAAGAGCUAAAGGAGCAAAGUGAAGAUACAAAGCUUCGGCUCAAUCGGCGCGUUCAGGAAUUAACGGAGCAAGUGAAGUUUCUGAAGAUGGAGAAAGAUCUGAAGAAUGGCACGAUACGAGCUCAAGGGGGAGGAGGCAACGUUUCGCAGGCUGAGAUGGAGAAAAUGCGGCAGCAGCUAUUCAUGAAAGAUAGAAGUCUUGUUGUCGCCGAAGGUGAACUGCAGAGGCAGCAAAAGUAUUAUAUUGGGUUCAUCAGCGGACUGAGUCGCGACUUUAGAGUAAUGCUGGAGCGUCAACAUCUAACUGUGAAAGAGUACAACAAGGACCAGAAGGCGUUCGCCUCUAUGCUAAACAAGAUGUACGUGGCGGUGAAAGAAGGGACGCUGACAGACUUCAGAGCGACACUUCCUUCCCAUUACCUCGGCAUUAAUGUCGAAUUAGCCGGGCAUCCACUGGGAAAGAAAGUUUCUCGACCUUUCAUGGAUCUUGAAAAGCAUCUAGAAGAAAUAGAAAACUCUGGCAUCCGCACAGACUUUGAGCACCCGCUGUUGACUGGUUGGCGGGAAGGGAAGAACAACAAUGACUCCGCGAAAAAAGGCAAAUCUGCCCAAAUUACUGGCGUGCACCCACAAUUAGUGGAUAUGGCGAGUAACAAGCCGCUGAUCAAAGAGACUAUGGAGCACUUCCCAGAAUGGUCGGCAAAAGAGAUCGAGGAUAUGUUCAUGCAGUUCAAAGUGUUCGACACAAAUGACGAUUUUCAUCUUGAUACACAAGAGUUGUUACGGGCUAUUCCCGACACUCUAGGGCGAAUGGCAACCACAGAAGAAAUUAAGGAGGCGAUGUUAGAAGUGGACGUGGACUCAUCGGGGACAGUGGAUUUCUUUGAGUUUCUAUGCGUAGCUCGUCUUAUCACUCAAGGAAAAGGAGAGGCGCGUUUGUUUAAGAAGAAAACUCUGACGGCGUUGCGAAAAAAGAGCGUCUAUAACAAUAGCAACGAAGGGUCUAAGCUGUGUGUCGUACAGUGACGAAGGUUAUCGGCUUUGCCCCGUGCAGUACCGAGGAUUAUCGGCUAUGCUUCGUAUAGUACCGAAGGUCAUCGGCUAUGUUUCUUACAGUACCAAAGGGCCACACAAAGUGCUUCCGACUCUCAAAAAAUGGGAUCGGCAAAUGAGAAAAUAAAUAUUCACCGAAGUUCUCAUCGGCUGUCCAUCGUUCAGUGACAUGCCAGAGACGAGCAGUAAAAAAUAGGUUCGAGACUUAUAUGGUGGUAAUGUGGCAAAACGCUAUCGUUAGAAUUGCAUGGAAAUAGUAUAACUGCAUAUGUAGAUUUUACUGUCGAAUCUCACUUACAUUGUAAAUACUCCAUUUGGAUCUAAUUUAUUGCAAUCAAUAUUGCUGGUAUCUUUUUAUAUUCAAGUGGUAAUUAAUCGAAAUAAUGAUACAAGGCAUUUAUUUAUUUUGAAAUAAAAAACACAAUGAUAUAAUUUUA